UCUCUGGCCCUCAGCGUCUUCGAGACAGAGACCAGCGGCAGUGGCAUAAGCUGGUUUGUGGACACUGCCCAGCGUUACGCUCUGGCCGGCCGUCCACUGGCUGAGCUCUGCGACCACAAUGACAAAGUGGCCCGGGAGCUGGGCCGGAACCAGGUGGCUCAGACGUGGACCGUGCUGAGGAUCAUCUCCUGCAGUCCUGGCCUGGGGCCCUCCACCAACCUUAACCACAGCGUGGGCAAGGGCAGUUCAGGAGGUCUGCAGCUCAUGAACAGCUUCAACCUAAAAGAAAUGACCCCAGGGCUGGGCGGAGAGACCUGGCUGGACCGCAGCAAGGGUGACACUCGCAGCGACACCGUUCUGCUUGAUUCCUCUGCCACGCUCAUCACCAACGAGGACAACGAGGAGACCGAGGGCUGCGACUUGCCAGCCGACUACCUCCUGGGUGAUGUAGAAGGAGACGAAGAGGAGCUGUACCUGUUGGACCCGGACCACACACAUCCAGAGGAGCCAGAGUAUGUCCUGCCCCAGGAGGCAUUUCCACUGCGCCACGAGAUCGUGGACACCCCACCGGGGCCCGAGCACUUGCAAGACAAGGCCGACUCACCACACGUGAGUGGCAAUGAGGCAGAUGCGGCAUCGCUAGUACCUGUGGACCCGUCGUUCUCGCUGAUCUCCGUGUCGCACGCACUCCACUACAGCCGCCUGCUGCCUGACUUCUUCAGCACCCUCGUGCGCGACAUGCUGCACUUCUACGCCGAGCAGGGUGUGCAGAUGGCCGUGUCUGUGUUCAUCGUGUUGGGAGAGCGCGUGCGCAAGGACAUCGAUGAGCAAGCCCAGGAGCACUGGUACUCGUCCUACAUCGACUUACUGCAGCGCUUCCGCCUCUGGAACGUGUCCAAUGAGGUGGUCAAGCUGAGCACCCGCCGCGCCAUCAGCUGCCUCAACCAGGCCUCCACCUCCCUGCAAGUCAACUGCAGCCACUGCAUGCGGCCCAUGAGCGGCCGAGGCUGGGUCUGCGGCAGGUGCCACCGCUGCACCAGCAUGUGCUCCGUCUGCCACCACAUGGUCAAGGGCUUGUUCGUGUGGUGCCAGGGCUGCAGCCACGGCGGCCACCUGCAGCACAUCAUGAAGUGGCUGGAGGGCAGUUCUCACUGUCCGGCCGGUUGCGGCCACCUCUGUGAAUACUCCUGACGGCCGCCGCGACUGCGCAUGCCUCUGCCCGCACUGAGCCAGGCCAAAGGACCGAAGCCGGUCAACUCAUUAAAGCUUGUGAAGGAGUC